UUGAAGAUCAUAUGCAAAUAUGUGGUAUCCAUUGAUGGUAAUCCGGCGCCAAACUGCUAUAACGAUUACUGGGUGCAAUGGUCUAUAAAAUCGCCACUUUUGGCCCACCUAGCUAUCCUCACAUCUGCCAUCUAUCAAGCAGAAGCGCAAAACGAACCUCCAGGACAGUCUCCAAUCACACUUCGUUACAAGGUCAAAAGCAUUGAACUGCUCAAUGAAAUGCUCGGGAAUGAAGAGAGCGCUACUUCUCCCGAAGCCAUCGCUGGUGUUCUCUAUCUGAUGGUGAAUGAGUGGUAUUGGUGUAAUCGUGAUGUUGUGCAAAGCCAUAUAGUAGGACUGAAAGAGAUGAUUCGAUUGCGUGGUGGGCUGCACAAUUUGGGACUGAGUGGAUUUGUGAGGAAGAUGGUUCUUCACAUUGACUAUAACGUUGCGUGCUCGUACGACAUCGAGCCUGCUUUUUCGCAUGUGGAGCCCACUCAACCUCGACACCCAGUUGAAAUGAGUAUCCCAUUUGUAGCUGCGGAGCAGGACUUCUGCAGCAUCACUGAGGAGCUUCAAAUCGGCAAGGAGACAGCGACAAUCCUUGACGACAUGCGUUUCGUGAUUUUGGCGCUCAUAAAACACGCCGAACAAGAUUCUGCAGAGCCAGAGCAGAUGAAAUUAACUGCUACUGCGACAUGGAUCAGAGAUCGGAUCGCCUCACUGCCGGACGGCUCAUCACUUGCUUCACCUUUAGCAAGUGAUUUCAUAUACAAGAGCUGCAGAAUUGCUGCCCUCAUUUACUGCAAAGCCAUCGUCGAACGAUCUUCACUCACAAAGGUUUGCACGUUGAAAGAACUAACUCAUCUCUGGGCGACUAUGUGGCGAGUCAAGCUUUCCCGGUGGAAACAGAUUCCCGGGAUCUUCCUCUUCGUCAUCGCAUCUGCACUUUCGGCGGCAGAACUUACUCCACAUGGAAGAUUUACGAAAGCAAUGUUCAAGACGGCUACCUCGUUCAUUGGGUUGGACUAUUUUGAUUUUGUUGACGCUGCUCUGAUGGCUUUUGUCAAGCUGCAGAGGUGGUUGAGGACUGGAGGUGAGGAGGUUGAGCGAUCGUCGAAGCCUGUACCGUUGGAGUUUAUUCAUAUAUACGAAUCUUAG